UCUGACAUUAUCGACAAAGUUCAGCUGAAGCGUGAGAGUAAGCCCUCAGUUUUAACGUGAAUACUGAAGAGAAUACUUCAAUAAUAAACUUUAAACUUAAUCUAAUCAAAUCGGAUAAUCAUGCCACGACGAGGACGUGCAUCUGGACCUCCACCAAGGACAGUUCGACCAGCAGCUAGAGCUUCACCAGCUCCAGCUCCAGCAGCAAGAGCUGCACCACCACCAUCUUCGGUGCCAGCACAUGCCCCACCAUCUGCACCAUCUCCAAUGAUGGCCCCGUCUCAAGGGCCAUCAUUGAUGGGACAAAUGGCAGCUACUGCUGGAGGAGUCGCUAUUGGACACACUCUUGGACACGCUAUGACUGGAUUAUUCUCUGGAAACUCCAGCGAAGCUGCUGCUGCUGCACCAGCUGCUGUUCCCGCAGCAGCUCCUCAGCAGAGCAUAGCAUCCACUCCUGGUGGCGCAUGUGCCUGGGAAGUUAAGCAAUUCUUGGAGUGCGCUCAGACUCAAUCAGACCUCACACUCUGUGACGGUUUCAACGAGGCUCUACGCCAGUGCAAGAUGGCUAAUCACAUCUAAAGUCAUAGUAAUUCUUAGGACAUAGACACAACACAUCAACAAUAAAGAUUAUAAAGAUCUAAAAAUGCUGACUAUUCGUAAUUGUUAUAAUUGGAGUUCUGUAAUAGAAUUUGGAGAAUAAAAUUUAGUUAAAAUUAA